AUAACAAACUACUUUCCCGUAUCAGCUGUGACGCGAAAUGUAUGGAGUGUUCGUUUGGUGACUUGUUUACCAGAGGAGGUAACAUGUAAAACAGGCACACUUUGGAACUUCCGUGGUUUUGAGGUACACGAAUGAGGUAUUCAUGGUGAAACUCGCAAGGUUGCCGUCACACCGGCAGGUUCGACAAGUGACCGAGCUUCGCAGGCUGCGAACAUGAGCUGCAAGCGGUCGCGCAAGAUGCUGACCAGGUUCCACCCGCAGCACGGCGGCAACAUCAAGCUGUUCGACGACGGUACCGUGGCGUACCGCCGCAACAGCUUCGCGGACGCGCUCACCUUCAGCGAGAAGCCGCUGCUGCCGGGGGAGAUCUUCCUGCUGGAGAUCGAGAAGAACGAGCGCGGCUGGAGCGGCCACAUGCGCCUGGGACUCACCCUGCUGGACCCGGGCGCCGGCUGCCUGCCGCAGUACGCGCUGCCCGACCUCACCAACAUGGGCCGCUCGUGGAUCUUCGCCAUCACCAAGUCGCACAACAACACGUACGAGUACUCGCCGGGCGUGAAGGGGGCGGGGCCGGGGGCGGCGCUGUGGGCGGACGACGAGGCGGCGGUGCGCACGUCCCGGGGGGCAGUGCCCCGCAGCCUGCUGCGCCCCGCCCCCCUGGCCCCCGGCGAGGAGAUCCUGCCCACCGACGUGGGCAGUCGCAUCGGCGUGGUGUACUUCCCGGCGCGCGGCGGCGGGGACCUGGCCGAGAUGCACUUCAUCAUCAACGGUGUGGACCAGGGGCCCUGCACCAAGGAGAUCCCGUACUGCGAGGGCCCGCUUCACGCGGUGGUGGACGUGUACGGCACCACCAAGCAAGUGCGCAUAGUGCAGCUCUACGGAGUUCCGACGCUACAGAGUGUCUGCAGAGAGGCCAUUCUCCAGCACAUUACGAAGACUUCGGUGUCUGCUCUGCCGCUGCCGAAGGUCCUCAAGGAAUACCUGAUGUACCAGUCCUAGUGCAGCGGUCGCGUCCCGGGGGCCGUGCUUGAGCCAUAUCGUCUGGGGUGAGGCCAGGAAGCGGAGGCUUUCGCAGCACGUUGCUCGUCUCGCUGCAGCCUGUGUCGACCAAUCACGGCUCACCCACAGUUAGAACACCGGGUCCUGUCGGCUGCGGCAAGACGUGCCCAAAUGUUUUGUUGCUAGGAUUUUUGUAGGGGCAAGCGUUCAAUCCAAGAGCCGAUAACUGUAAACUCCUACGUAGUGGAAGUCGGGAAAACAUUUUUGUGUUCAAGCCAGCCCUGUACUUGGAUUUAUUUAAUUUAUGUAAUUAUAAUUUCAGAUGAAAUGUUAGAUUAAAGUUGGUUGGCUAUAAAUGUACAUUAUGUGUCUUCUCUCUUCACAUCAUAAUUGAUAUCAUCACGAUUGCUUGCAUCCAAGCGUCAGUCACAUGAAAUCAAGUUGUCAAAAUCAAGAAUCAGACGCCAAAAUAGUACUCUUACGAAUAUUUAAAAAAAAAAAAAAAAACUAUUUCAGAGGAGCUACCAAUUUGAGGUAGAUUUUGAAGAAAUACUACCUAUUGUGGCCGUUACCAUGAUGCGACUUCGGGGAAAAUUUUAUAUAGAUUUUCGUUUCAUGGUCCAUAGACCUCAAAACCAUCAUUUCACAUUUUUUUGGUCAAAAUAACUGCUGUAAUUUUUUACAAAUAACUUCCAAACUGAUACAUAAAAUAUAAACAUGAAAAAUUUCAGUUGAGUUUGUUAAUGGGUAAUAUCCGACCAAAGAGGUAGAAAUUGGAAAAGUUUUCUAAAAACAGAAAGAUUGCUUUAACUCCCAUAAUAUGAUGAAUAUCACAUCCAUUUGAAUGUAUAAUAACUCUUAGGAGAACAUAAUACCAAAAACGUUGUCUAAAAACAUUUUUGAUACAACCAGCUAUAACUGCAGCGGGUGUAAAAAAAAACAAGGGUUGGAAGACAAAAAAAAACAUUAUUCUGUUCAUAGGCACACCAACGAAUUUGUUAAAAGUUUUGUAAAUCUUACAAUUUUUAUCUAAAACGUUUCUACCACACAAUUUUUGAUAAGUCAAAUCAUUGUUGCAAGAGGUUGGGAAAAAAAAGGUGGUAGAAAUUUAAAAAACAAAAUUAUAUGAUCUGUACCUUGUGCACUAUUAAAUCCAUUCCUUUUUAUUUUAAAACCUAAAAAUAUUAUCUACAACUUUCAUCUGAAAUUAUUUUUUAUAUGAGCAACUAUUAGCGCAAGGGGUGGAAAAUAACAGUGGUUAAAAGACAAAAAAAUGCAUAACUCCCUUAAUAUGCACACUAUUAAAUCUGUUCAAAUUGUUUCUAAACUUUUAUCUUAAAUUUUGUAUGAAACAAUUUUUUAUACAACUAUAACUGCAAGAGGUGGAAAAAACAAGGGUUGGAAGCCAAAAAGAUUUCAUAUCUCCCUUAGUAAGGACACAAUCGAAUCCGUUCAAAUUGUAAAUCUUACAAUUUUUAUCUCAAACUUUUGUCUGAAACUAUUUUUGAUAAUACAAACCAUUAUUGUUAGGGGCUGAAAAAUCCUGCGGUUGGAAUAAGAAAAUAAAUAAAACUUUCCUACCAUGUACACUAUCGAAUCCAUUCUUAAUUUAGUUUAACUUUCUCAAUAUUGUCUAAAACUAUUGUUAAAAUAAAUUUUUAUUUAACCAUCCAUUACUGCAAAUGGAUGGAAAUAAAAAGUUGUUUUUUUUUUUAAGUAAAAUAUAAUCAUUACUUUUCUUUAUAGUUAUACUAUCAAAUCCAUUAUAAUUUAUUGUAUGAAUCCUAAACUUCAUCUAAAACUUUGGUGGCUGAAACAAUUUUUGCUGAAACAAUUUAUUACCUUAAAAACAGGGAUUGAUAUUUAAAAAAAAAAUUCAUAUCACUCUCAGUAUCAAAUUAGUUCAAAUUUAUUUUAAACCAUCUUGAACCUUGGCGCAAAGCAAAUUUUUAUACGACCACGUUAUUAGUGGAAGUGAUAAAAAAUAGUGUUUGAAGGUCAAAAAAAUUAAUUAUUACAUUAGUUAGCAUAUAAUACAAAAAUCAUUCUAAGCUCUUCAAUGCUAGAUACAUUGAGUUAAAAAUAUUCAUAAAAUUUUUGCUGCCUGGAAAAUGAGCAAAUAUUUAACAUUGGAGAGUAUAAAUAUGUUAUUACAUUAAGUUCUUAAAAUGUUCCGGAAAUUUAUAGAAGUUUACAAAAAUUUUCUAGAAUGAAUAGGUACUUUAAAAUCUACCUACGCCUAUAGGCUGUGCCGAAAGGGAUUUUUUGAAUUUGUAUUUUGUACACCAGGUCGUAUGAACACUUGUAAAACUGUGUGCACUAAAAAACAAAGGAAUUGGCUGAGCUGUGUAACCAUUUAAAAAGUAGCAGAUAAGCCCAGGAGAGUUAAUAAAGUAAACAGUCAAAGGCUCAAUCGUUGGUGGUGAUAUAACUUCUCAAAUACCUGGGUUUUAUGAACCGACUACAACAAGUUGGAACUAAUGCUUAAUUUCUUUACCCUCGGCAAGAGUAGUUACGCAUUUGAGCAAGCCAAUGUGACCACAACAAUAAACAACUUGCUUGUGGCCAGUUAGCUGACAUUCAAAGGUUGGCAUCCUUUCAACAACGUGUUUCCACAUGACUUGUUAAUUUAGCACUUCCGUGUGCCAUAUGAAAGGUUUUCUGUUGAUGCAGACCGAGCUUAUAGUCUGUGGAAUUUAUAAACAAACAAUACAGUGAAAACUCUUAUGUACACUUUCCUAGGUACUAUGUAACAAUGUUGGAAAAUACGGGAAAGUUGUAUACGGGCAUUAUUUUAGACAAAAAUAAGUGGGAUGAAAAGCAGAAAAACAUAAAUUUGAAGAGUGCCACACACUCAUUGCCAAAAUCCAGGUCUAGAGUUUAAGCCAGUUACAGCUGCAUACAUGUAAUUCUGUACUCAGCUUUGAGUGUGCAUGUAGGGAACUCAAAAUUUGUACAAUUUAACUGGCAACAAAUAAAAUAAUUUUAGUUAUUUUAUUUAUUAAGAAUUAUCUUUUUAUUUUUUGAGAAUUAAGUUGUACUAAAGUACAUAAAAAAAAUUAAAGUAAUAGCUUCACAUAUUGAAAAGUAAAUGAUGGAUGAUGUAAGCAAGCACACAUACGUCUAAUGAUUUGUUGAGGUGCACAUUUAAGAAAAUGUUGCUUGAUAAUGUUCCAAAAUACAACCGUCAUAAAUUUAAGCAUUUAGAUGAGCAUCCGUUUUUAAAUUACCAGCCAAGGUUGUCGUAAAGAAAUUUUAAAAAUAAAAAUUUACAAAACAUGAUUUAUAAACAAAAUUAUACAAGUGAAAAUAUUACGUAGCACAUGUACAAAUUAGUAAACUAAUUGUGGGAAACUUAUUUCAAGCCCAUUUACAUUUAGUUUUCAAAGGUCCUUUUUUUUUUUAAAAAAAAAAGGGGGGGGGGGGGGCAAUACAUAAAGUAUUAAAUACUUUCUGGAAAAAUUUCAAGGAAAGGGGGUAAAUGCUUAAAACUAUGUGUCUGAAAUAUUUAAUAUUAAUUACAUAUAUAUACAUAAUGGACAGUGCUAUAAAUAUGAAUUGAAAAAACACCAAAAUAUGUUGAAGUACUAAAGAUAAAUUAUGCUGGAUUAUGUAAGAGUACUUUGGCUGUAUUGUUGAGAUCUUUUUCUAAAAAAAAAUUGGAGAAGGAGGCUGCAGUCUUAACAGUGUUCUAUCGUGGUGCCGAGAAAAGGCGGGCAGUUCGCCAAUACAGCUCAGACACUCAACAACUACUUCAGUAUCGCGAUCCUUACACUCGUAAUGUGCUGUGUUGAGGUCCCCAACUUGACCUGCGUGAGGCCUCUAACGUUCUAGCCUAGAUGGCACGAGGGGGGUUUUCCCUGGGUGCUCCACGGAGUGCUGGCAUCGUCUCGGGGCGAGAUCAUCGUGCGGACAUUUUACUGCGGCCGUUGCAACCAUCAGAAUUUGGUUGGUAUCUUACUGCUAUCUAUCCGAGAGAUUCAGAAUCAAGUUCUGUUUUGUGCAAAUUCAACUUCGUGAUUUUUUUUUAUCACAGCAGAAAAAUUAUUUUGAAAAUGUAUGAAACACAAUUAUUUUUAAACUUCAUAUGUUAUGUCUGAGAUAAUUGUUUUCGUAUCACUGCCCAAUAAAAAUGUAGUGCCAGCACCUGUCAUUAAAUGUCUAACACAGCUGUGUCAGGUGGUAUUCCACGGCCCUGCAUCCGAGUGAAUAAUUCACGUGUUCCAUUAGCUGGCUCAAAUUUGAAGAGUACACACAUGUUUGAGAAUCCAAAUUGUUAUGGAAAUACAUCAGUCAGGAGCUGAUAAGAACUCAUAUUGGCAGUAACCACAGUGACCACGUAGCUGUUACGUUUGCCACGUAACCAUUUUCAAGGUUUCUUAAAUAAUUAAAUUGUCUGGCUGCAUGUUGUAUGAAAAGAUUUACAAAUGUUGUUAUGUAUUCUGUUUUGUUAACAUUUAAGAUAUGUUCUCUCUUUAUGAGUUGUUAAAUGAUAAUGUUAUUGCACAUUUCUUGAUUUGAAUGUUUUUUACAGCUUGUUCAGUUGUUUACGAUUUUUAACUCUUAUAUAAUUUUUUAAGUAACAAAAAUUGUGAUAUAUGUAUUUUGUAUAUAAAUAUAACUGUCUUGAAUUUUGAAAGGCAAUUUUGAUGUAAUCGAAUAACAUGUGCACGUAAAAUGUUGAGGAUUGUAAUUACAGAUAUAGUGGCUUCUAGUCAAACCACAGUGUAAUGUGUAAUUAUAAUUUUGCCAAUAAAGAAUAUUGUUUCCUCUCUUCAAAAUGAAAAA